AUGAAUGGGUCACAUACUUACCUUAAAGGAAGACUACAACCAGAAAUUAAUAUCUUCAUGGUUGCUGUUGGGCCAACCAUGGUGGUUAUAACAUUGAUGCUCCUUAUUAGACCUGUUGGAGGUCACAGACAGAAUCGCCCAUCCGAUGGUUUGAAUUUCACAUUUAUUUAUAGUGUCUGCCUCCUUUUGGUUGCUUAUUUGAUGGGGAUCAUGAUUGUUGAAGAUAUUGUCGAUCUGAACCACAUUGUGAUCACCUUGUUCACAAUUUUGUUGUUUGUUCUCCUACUGCUUCCUAUUGUAAUUCCCAUCCUAUUGAGCUUUUCUUUAGAGCAGAGACCCGCUGAAGAGAUCCUUCUCCCUGUGCCUCAGAAAGAAGAACCUAGCAAAUCUGGCCACGGUGUUAACGAGGUUAUUUUCAGUGAGUUGGAGGAUGAGAAACCAGCGGAAGUAGACUUGCUUCCUGAAUCAGAGAGACACAGGCGAAUUGCACAGUUGCAAGCAAAACUGUGCCAAGCAGCUGCGGAAGGGGCAGUGAGAGUCAAGAGAAGGAAAGGUCCACUUAGAGGGGAGGAUUUCACAUUGAUGCAGGCAUUGAUAAAGGCAGACUUUUGGCUUAUCUUUUUCUCUCUUUUAUUGGGUUCAGGUUCUGGUUUGACCGUGAUCGACAAUCUUGGUCAGAUGAGUCAGUCUUUAGGGUAUGACAAUACACAUGUAUUUGUAUCCAUGAUCAGCAUUUGGAACUUUCUUGGCCGUGUUCGUUCCUUUGUUUCUUCCCUCAAUAAAUACUUACUGAAACAUAAACUUAUGGCUGGCAGUGAUCGAUUUUUGCAAGAUCCAGUCAUUGAAGGUUCAAAUUCUCGUUUUUGGGAUGGGACUCUUGUUCUAGUUUAA